AUGAGGACGAUCGUUCUGGCCCUAUGGGCGUUGCUGGCCUUGUUUACACGAGCCAUUGGCGCCAACAAUGUAUGUCUGGGCAACGACGGUGGCUAUGCGAUCGCCAAGACGGGCGAGACCACGUCGAUUCUCACGUCGCGCGACGAUGCUGCCGUCAUCCACCACGCAGCAGCCAGCUUAGCUACAGACAUGAUGCGUAUGGUUCCCAACGCUCAGGUGGUGGUGCGCAACGUCAGUGCCGCAUCCGCCAUGCAGACCACUUCGGAGCGCGUGCUGUUUGUCGGAUCAUCCACCUCCGCGCUCAUCCAAGGGCUCGCCACGUCACACGGCAGCGUCGCCAGUCAAGCGUCGCUGCUCGAUGGAAAAUGGGAGUCGUGGUCGUCCGUCCUACUCCCGGACCGGGGCGUCGUGCUGAUGGGAAGUGAUCGACGAGGAACCGCCUACGCACUGUACACACUCAGCGAGGAAAUGGGUGUGAGCCCCUGGAAGUGGUUCGCCGACGUCCAGCCCACCACCACCCACAACGCCGUCUACUACUCCCCUUCCCGCAGCGAUGGGUCGUUUGGCAGCAAUGCAUGCUCGCAUGGUCCGCCGAUGGUCAAGUAUCGCGGCAUCUUUCUCAACGACGAAGCGCCCGCGUUGACCAACUGGGCCCGCACGCAUUUUGGCGGGCCCUUCCCUCCGGCGUCGUCGCAGUCGUUCAACGACGCCAUGUACACGCACGUCUUUGAGCUGCUGCUGCGUCUGCGCGCCAACCUCCUCUGGCCCGCCAUGUGGGCCGACUCCUUCGCCGUCGCUGGCCUCGACGACCUCCCCAACAACGGCACGCACGGCAAAGGCGCCGCAGGCCCCAACCAGCUCCUCGCCGACAGGAUGGGCAUCGUAUUCGGUACAUCCCACCAGGAACCCAUGGCGCGCAAUACCCCGGAGUGGAACACUUGGUACCAGGGACCUUGGGACUACACGAAGAACAGGGAGAAUAUUACGGCGUACUGGCAGUACGGUGUGGAUCGCGCAGAGGGGCUCGAGACCAUGUUCACCAUGAGCAUGCGUGGGAACGGCGACAAGGCGCUGGAUGGAGCGAACAUUGAGCUGCUCGAGACGAUCAUGGCCAAGCAGAAAAGCCUCCUCCCCCACACUGCCAACGGCGUAAGUGUGCCGAUGAUGAUGUGCCUCUACACGGAAGUGCAGGGCUACUACAACGAGGGUCUGCGUGUCGAUGACGAUAUCACACUGCUAUGGACCGACGACAACUUUGGCUUCAUCCGUCGGAUCCCCACUGCGGACGAGAAGAAUCGUUCGGCGGGGGCCGGGCUUUACUACCAUGCGGACUACGUCGGUCCACCGCGGUCGUACAAGUGGCUGAAUACGGUCAACCUGGUGAAUGCGUGGGAGCAGCUCAAUGUUGCCUUUGCCAACGACCAGCGCGAGAUGUUUGUGCUCAAUGUCGGCGACCUCAAGCCCGUCGAGGUGCCCAUCCACUUUAUGCUCGACAUGGCGUACGACUCGUCGCGCCUAUCGCACGCCAGCAAUGUAUCGACGUGGCUCGACACCUGGGCCGCCAAGACCUUCGGCGCCGGCCCCAACGAUGAGCAUCUCAAGAUCGCCGAGGUGGUGCGGGGCUAUUCGUGGCUCAACUCGCGCAUCAAACCGGAGCUGGUCAACGCGACCACCUGGUCCGUCGUCAACCAUGCAGAGGCCGAGUCGGUGCUGGCCGAGUGGGACCGUCUCGAAACGAAGGUGUCCGAGCUGGAGCCUUACUUUCGCGACGGUGACAAUUGGGAUGCCUUCUUCCAGCUGGUGGCAUACCCUACGCUGGCUAGUGCCAAUCUCAACCGCAUGCACGUUGCCGUCGGCCGCAACAAUCUCGCGGGUACACAAGCCAAGAACUCUGCGAACCACUGGGCCGCUCGUGCGCGCGAGCACUUGGCGCGCGAUGCCGAACUCACCUCGGCCUACCACUCGCUCGGCAAUGGCAAGUGGAAGCACAUGAUGAGCCAGCCGCACAUGGGCAGUCAGUACUGGCAGCAGCCCAUGCGCAACAUGCUCCCGCCCCUCGCCUACAUGCAUCUCGACGACACGUGGGCGGAUACGGCGCUGGGGAGUAAUCUGCGCGUCGGCGUGGAUGGAAGCAUGGGUGCAUGGCCGGGUGAUAACCAGUACAACUGCCCCGACGGCUACAACUGCCCCGACCCAACCCUGCCCGCGUUGACUAGGUACAGUGGCGAUCAGCGACGCAGCAUCUGGGUCAGCGCCGGCGACGCGCAGAAGUUCGCCUUUUCCGCCACCACCAAUGCUUCGUGGCUGGGUGUGGCGCAUCGACUCGCUACCGACUCGGCCAACGCCACCCAGGGCGCAAGGUAUAUGCACAGACGCAGCGAUGGAUUCGAAGCCGGCGCCGAAUUCGAUGACGAGGUCGAGGUGCAGCUCAGCGUCGACUGGACGGCGUUGCCCAAGCCAAGCUGCACCGGUGCCGCACAGAUGUACACCGCCAUGGUGUAUAUCAACGCCACCAACAACGAGAGGCUGCCCGGUAUGAGCGCACCCACCAACGUGACAGUGUCGCUCUCUGUCGAUCCGUGCAUGCCCCACGACGAGGCAGCGGCAGGCACGUUUGUCGCUUCGCCAGACGGCAGUGUCUCGAUGCUCGCGUCGCACGCCACGAUCGAGUCUGCACGAGACACCUCGUUUACCCCAGCGUACAUCGAGUCUCUGCCGGGCUACGGGCUGUUGGGAUCGGCAGUCACCGUUCUCCCACCCACGGCCGAGUCGAUUGAUGGCAACGAUACCGCCAACCUCGGCCGCGGCCCCUCGCUCGCAUUCGACUUUUACCUCCCACACUCGUCGGGCAACGAGACUGCGUUCAACGUGACGGCGUGGCUGGCGCCCGUGCUCAACUACCGCGACAAGCGGCCGCUGCGGUACGCGCUCGAGCUCGACUCGGACGCUGGGUCGAGGGUUCAAGUGACGCCCGUGCCGGAGAACAUUACGCCGGGCACCAAUUCGGCGGAUUGGGGCAACGUGGUGAGCGCCAACAUCCGCACCGUCACCUCGACGCUCUCCUCAUCAACGGCGACGCAGGGCGGCAAACACACGCUCAGAUGGUGGCCGCUCGAACCGGGUCUCGUGCUGCAAAAGAUCGUCAUCGAACCGCACGGCAAGCUCUCCGCCCGCACAACGCUGGGCCUGCCCGAAUCACGACGUGUAGGCAUGCUCUAG